UUGGUAACUACAGCUCCAACAGCAAGUUCAAUUUUCAAAACCACUUCAACAAGAUGAAAUUCUUCGUGUGCUUCGCUCUGAUCGCCGUCGCUGGCUGCGCCUUGGCCUCCCCAGCCAGCAGCGGCAGCUCCUCAUCCAUUUCCUCCAGCAACCAAGGCGGUAUUGCAGCCAAUGCGGAUUCCGAAUCGGAGACAUCGGAGCUGGGCCGUCUGGGCUAUGGUGAUGUGGCUCGCUUCCGCAAGUCCGCCUAUGGUGGCAGCUCUGGUGGUUAUGGUGGUGCUGCUCCUGCCAGCAUUCAGGCCCCACCCUGCCCCAAGAACUAUUUGUUCAGCUGCCAGCCCAGCCUUGCUCCCGUGCCCUGCAGCGCCCCAGCUGCUGCUAGCUAUGGAUCCGCCGGCGCCUACUCCGCUCCAGUGGCCACCUACGUGAACCCCAGCUAUGGAGUGCCCCAGCACCAGCAGCAAUACUAUGGAGCCGCCUAUGUGCCACAGAACUACGGCUACAACUACUAGGAUGCUGAAUGAUAACGCUUAGAUCCUGAUAUAACUCGACACUGCUGAACUGAGAAACAAAAAUCUUGUACGGGUCUUAAAAUGUAAAAAAAAUAUUUAUAUCAUAAUAAAAUCAAAGUUAAUUCCUAAUGGAAAGAAAGAAAA